AUGCUAGUAAUUUAUCCUCAACAUUCCAAACUUACUGAUAAAGAAAAAACCAAUAUUUGCUAUUUGUCUUUUCCAGAUUCAAAUUCAGGUUGUCUUGGAGAUACCCAGUUUUGUUUUAGAUUUCGACAGUCUUCUGGGAGGAGGGUGUCACUGCAUUGUUUCCUGGAUCAAUUUGACAAAGAUUUACCAGUUUACUUAAAGAAGGAUCCUGCUUAUUUCUAUGGAUAUGUGUAUUUCCGACAAGUUCGAGACAAAACUCUAAAAAGAGGCUACUUUCAGAAGUCCUUGGUUUUGAUCAGCAAACUACCUUAUAUUCAUUUUUUUCACGCUGUACUCAAACAGAUAGCACCAGAGUAUUUUGAAAAGAGCAAACCUUAUUUGGAAGCAGCUUGUAAUGAUGUUGAUCGAUGGCCUGCUCCAGUGCCAGGGAAAACAUUGUACCUGCCUAUUAUGGGGGUAGUAAUGAAGGUACGGAUUCCCACAUGUCAUGACAAACCUGGGACUACUCAAAUAGUGCAGUUAACUCAGCAGGCAGACACACACAUAUCUGUUACUUUACCUACUGUUCAUGAGGUGGAUCUUUUCAGGUGUUUGUUCCCAGUUUUCUUUCAUAGUCAGAUGCUUUGGGAGCUGGUGCUGUUGGGGGAGCCCCUUGUGGUCAUGGCACCGUCACCUUCAGAGUCUUCGGAGACUGUAUUGGCACUUGUUAACUGUAUUUCUCCAUUGAAGUACUUCAGUGAUUUCCGACCUUAUUUCACUAUUCAUGAUAGUGAAUUCAAAGAAUAUACUACCCGUACGCAAGCCCCGCCCUCAGUCAUAUUAGGAGUAACCAACCCCUUUUUUGCAAAGACACUUCAGCACUGGCCACACAUUAUUCGAAUAGGAGACCUUAAACCAGCAGGUGAAAUUCCUAAGCAAGUUAAAGUGAAAAAAUUGAAGAACCUAAAGACUCUGGAUUCUAAACCUGGAGUUUAUACUUCUUACAAGCCAUAUCUAAAUAGAGAUGAAGAGAUCAUAAAACAAUUACAGAAGGGUGUACAACAGAAACGUCCUUCUGAGGCUCAAAGUGUUAUCCUGCGACGCUAUUUCUUGGAACUGACACAAAGCUUCAUCAUUCCAUUAGAAAGAUACGUGGCAAGCUUGAUGCCUUUGCAGAAAAGCAUUUCUCCAUGGAAGAGUCCACCCCAAUUAAGACAAUUCCUUCCAGAAGAAUUUAUGAAAACACUUGAGAAAACAGGACCUCAGUUGACCUCUAGAAUAAAAGGCGAUUGGAUUGGACUUUACCGGCAUUUUCUAAAAUCUCCAAAUUUUGAUGGUUGGUUCAAGAACCGGCGGAAGGAGAUGACCCAGAAAUUGGAAGCACUUCAUCUAGAAGCUCUUUGUGAAGAGGACUUACUUCUCUGGACCCAGAAACACACAGAAGUAGAAACAGUAGAUCUUGUACUGAAGCUAAAAAGUAAGCUGUUGCAGGCUGAUCGAGAGCAUUUACCUGUGAAACCUGAAACUAUGGAAAAGUUACGGACACACAUAGACACAAUUAUCUUAGCAUUGCCAGAGGACCUACAAGGCAUACUGCUCAAAACGGCCAUGACAUGAUAUUUGCCAGGAUUUUUCAGCCAGAAAGGACUGUGUGUGCAUCAUGAAGCAUACUGACAUUUCAACUGGACGCACAAAGGAGAUCUCCUGGAGUGGAAAAUUGCUGUAAAUGCUAGCUACAGGGUGGAAAGACUAUACUGACUUUUUUAGUGCAUUAUUUUUAAAAAUGGAUAUCUGUGGUGGUUCCACUUUAAUACUGAAACACCGAAAGGCAUUUCUAUAUUUUUAAUCAUGUUCUAAAGUGCUCUUAUGAGAGACCUGUGGGGCCAUCAGUGUAAGUGAUUCCAAACUGCAGUGCUGGCAUUGCAGAUAUUUUUUUAAAUUGGUGCUCUUUUGCCCAAUCAUGUUAAAACUCAGGGGGAUAUAAAAAUAACAUUCACACUGGCUACCUUCUUAAGAAGAAGGAAAAGACUGAACUGUCUGACUGUAGCUAGAAGUAAUUCUUUUGUAGUGCCUUCUGUUGUCCUACAUGUUUCACAAAACCCAGCUGCUAGUCUUGAAGCUUUUUCUUAACUUGAUUAUGACAUGUAAAUAUAUAAGGCAUACUUUUGCAUAAUAAUUGCUUAAAAACAUGUUUCUUGCCUCCCAUCAUGUUUAUUAGUAGCGGCAUGGUAUUUCCCCCCCCCCCAAUUAUUAUAUAGGUAUCAUUUCAUUAUUUUCUAUACCACUUUCAAAUUUAAUCUUAUUAGUUUCUCCAAAGGCAAGAAGGUAUCUAAUAUUAAUUAUGGAAGAAUUAAUUUCCUCUCACCCUUUACUAAUUGGUUUCUGUUUAAGUUAAUUAGCUUGGAUGUUUUUCAAAGACAUUCUAAUUAUAAGCCUCAUAAUGAGCUAUUUUUUAAACUGAACUAUUCUUGUUUUAUUUUAAUCCUCACCCUCGGAUAUUUUUCCCAUUGCUUUUCAGAGA